UUAUCUGCAAUCUUGAAAUGUCGUGCCUUUUUUAGGAAAUACGUCCCUGGACACACAUGAUGGAGGUACCCCAGCUCCAUGGGUUUGGGCCGGCUGCCAAUCGAUUGUUGGAGGCAUACAAGAUGCUUUUGAAGUUCCUGGGGAACUUGAGGAAUCUUAGAGACUCAUACGCAGCUCUUGCUGUUGGAUCAUCUGACUCAGUUGCUGGCGAGCCCUCAUCUGUCACAAGAAUAAUCUCAGAGUGUGAAUCUGCUUUGACAUUCCUAAAUCGUGACCUCGGGAUUCUCUCGGCUUCCAUUGCUCGCGAGCAAGGUGAGGAGGUGAGUUUAUGAUGAAAUUGUAGUAGUUGUUUAGGGGAGGGCCAUGAAUGCAGUCUGUUCGCCUUCUUUUUGGACUGCAAAUGUAUGUUGGGAAAAUGUAGUUUUUUCUGUCAAAUGAAAGUGAAGUACAAUGUAGUAUUGAUUCUGUAUUCAUAACACCCACACUGUUUUGUGGGACGAUCUUUAUCCAUGUUCGUUUGGUUUGCA